AUGGUCCCAUCAGUUGCUCAACAACCUGAGUGCAGUUUCCACAAUCCAGCCAUUGAGCCCGGGGCAAAAGACCGGCCGGCCUCCGUGCAGACACCUCCAACCACAGAAAAGACGCUGCCGAAGAGACCAAAAAUCUUCCACCAUCCCCCCAGCCGAUCUUUAUAUCCAGUUCUCCCACCCCACCCCCCCUUCUCUUUCUUUUUCUUCUUCCACGUCCUCCCCUUUCCGCCUCGGAGCGGGAGCGAUGGAAAAGGUAGGGGGAGCCGCGAGGGCCAGGGGUGGCUUCUCCGCCAAAACGUCCUCUUCCUCGUCCUCCCGAGGUUCUCUCCCAGCCGCGGGUCCCCCCUCGCGCCCGCAACCUCCGCGGACAGCCGGAGCGAGAGCCACGCAAACUCCUUCCCGGGUGCACGACGGGGGCGUGCGGGCAGAGCGGGCGCCCGGCCGCCGAGCACUGCGUCCCGGGGGCCGGCGAGCCCCGAGCCCUGGGGGUGGCUGAUUAGCUCGCCGGCCGGGCCGGGCGGCCGCGGGCAUGUGGGAGCUUCAUCGCGCGGCCCCGGGCUCCGCGCCGCCGCCGCCGCCGCUGCCGCUGUCUCUUCGGUUCUUUCUCUUCUUCGACUCCCCAGGAGCGAGCGAGGCACGGGCGCUCUCCAGACACGCACACUCACACACGCGCACACACGAGCGAGCUCCUGCCAAAGCAAACCGUGCAACCCGCGCGCGCGCACUCCCGGAGGAAGAGGACGGAGGCAAAAAGAGAAGAAAGAAAGGGGAGGGGGCGAGUCACAGGCGGCGGCGGCAGCAGCUGCCGGAGCGGAGGCAACAAGCAGUCCGGGAAAAGCCAGCAGUGGCGGCGGCGGCAGCGGCGCCCACCCCGACCAGCUGCAGCAUCUGCAUCCCCGCUCCUGGGAACUGGAGCGAGCGGUGCCGGGCGGCAGGCUAAGGGGGGCGACGCGCCGAGAGCGGGUCAGAGCGCGGGCGCGCGGGGGCCUUGCAGCCUGCGCGCGAGGCGGACGCAGCCGGGGCCAGAGCCGAGGCCAGAAUGAGUCGCCGGCGGGCGGGCGACGAGAGCUCCGAGAGCCGGGGAGGGGGCUCGCGCCGGGGAAAGGGGAGGCCGGCAAAACCCGGAUCUGGAGUGCUCGCGGGCUCCGCGGCGCGGGCUCCACCUAGCAGUUCGGCAAACGCUCGGAGGUGCGAAUCAUUCUUUAUUUUCAUCAUGCAAGUACCGAGUCUGAAAAUGUUUUCUGCCUUUGGUCCUUUUUAUGUUCCUUCAAACUUAACUCAACCUGCAAGUUCAUUGCAGUUUACAGUAUCUCGGUCUGAUGAUGAAGCGUGGAGAUUCAAUUAUCUUAUUUCAUGACAUCAAUGGAAAUUACCAUAAUGGAUACAGAAAGGUGCCCAUUCCAAAGCCAUGCCUUCUGAGAGAGAAAAAGUCUGCUCAAGUUAAAUGAGUGACCUUGGUCAAUUGCUGAAUCGUUUGGUGCCUUUUUGUAAAGCAGAGUGUUGAGUAGAUGAUUUGUCAGGUCUUUUCCUGAUGCAGAAUUUUGUGAUUUCAAAUGGCUGUUAUUUUCUCUACUAGGACACUCAAGUCACUAAUGUAUAUCAUCUUCAUCCAACAAGCACAUUACAUCCAUAGUUAAAUUUCCCAAAUUGUAUUUGAUUGUAUACAUUUAGAACUACUUCUAGGAGCUCUUUAAAAGGUAAUAUCAAUCCCAGCAUAUCUGAAGAACCUAAAACCUCUUUAGAAUUAAAACUAUACCCGACACAAAAUAACAGUUAAAAUCUCAUUCAAUUCUUUAAAGCUCAACUCCAAUCCAGCAUUCUCCAAGAAGCCUUUUCUCACCAAUGCUCCCUCCCCAAAGUCACUCCUUUCAUGACAUUUCAUAACACUUUGAUGACAUCUGUUGAAUAACACCUAUUUUAUUCUGCUUUUUCCCUUGCUCCUUUUAAAUCAUCAAUGGUUUGUCAGUUUGCCUCUUCAGAUUAUAGUUUUUCUUAAAUGCAAAUUCCUAGUUUUGUCUGUAUAAGAAAAGAUUACUCUAUAUCCACAGUCCUUUGCGCCAUAGUUACUCCUUUAAAAAAUAUCAGGGGUGAGAAGGGACAUUUAAUGAUAUUGCUGAAUUCUGACCAACUAGAUGUUCACAAGCUGAAGUUAUGCUACUUGAAUUUGUCUAAUACCGGACAUCCAUGUACUCCUCUGGGUACUUAGAGAAAAUACAAAUUGACACCUGGAGUCACUUGUUACUUAGAUAGUUUUGGAAAGAGUAGACUCUAGCCAAUUGUGACAAGAGGCUCUUAACUGUAAAGGAGGAAAAAUGGAAGUUACUCAGUUCAUCUCUCAAAUGCUUAAUGUUUGUGUUAAGAUAAGUAAUAAAAAUAAUAUUUUGAAAAUAUAUAUAAUGGCAAGUAUAGAUAUUAAAGAUUAUUAGUGGUACAUCAGAAAAAUUAUAUGUUAAAUAUACAUUUAGAUGGAUAAAAAUAUAUAUUGAUAAUGUAUAGAUAUUAAAGAUUAUUAGUGAUAGCAUCACAAAUAUUAAAUAAAUAAUAGCUACAGAUCAGUUUUUAGAAUCAGCUUUACCACAACACCAGACGUCUGGAGGAAUACAGGAAAAUGAAAUUUCAAAGUAAAAGUUAUAUAUAUAUAUAUAUAUAUAUAUAUAUAUAUACACACACACAUACACGUAUGCUUAUAUAUAUCACACAUACAUAUACAUAUAUGUAUAUAUAUAAAUGAAAUAUUAACUGAAAACUAAGCAUAGUCAGUUAAACAAGUAAUUGGAAGUUUUCACCACAGAGGAGUUGAUCACAAAUAAGCAAACUAACAAAGACAAUAAUGAGGGAGAAAGAACUCAAAACAGGAAGGGUAAAGUGAAUAAAAAUACUGAUGAGUAAAGAAAAGCAAUGAAAGAAAGAGAAUAGGUUGAUUGUUUAUAUAGCUUAAUCAAAUGUCAAGGCAUCAUUUUUUACAGCAGCUGCUUACAUUUUAAUCUCAAACUUCAUGCUUCCAAAUCAUUUUUAAUCUCAUGGACAUAGUCUUCUAUAUCUGAUUUAAGCCAUAAAGCAUCCCACUUCAUUGCCAGGAAAUCCAUGACUCUUGCCAAUAUUUUUCUAAGGUGAAGCUUCCAUAAAAAUAAAAUAAAUCCUAUGUCCUUUUUGCUACUAUAUUUAACACCUGUGUUACAAGUAUUUAACAUGUUCUUCUCAAUGAGGAGACAGCAUACAGAUGAUGUGUGAGGACAGAUGCUAUCAUACAGCGUAACUCUGUGCAAACUAAAGUGGUUUUUGAAAAAGAUGACACUGUUGACUUCAGCACCAUUAAAAUUGAAAAAAAUAUAUUUACCAAAGGGAAAAGGCUCCAAAAAUGAAAAAAAAAAUCAAAGGUGAAUAUCUAAUCAAAUAAGGUAACAAGAAUUAAAAUAUGUGACUAUUAAAAAUUUUAGACCCUUUCAAAUCAAUAAGAAAUAUACUAAGAUCCCCAACAUUAUGAAAGUUUAGAAAAGACUUUGAAACAAUCUGUUCACAGAAUAAAUAGAAAUGGCCAAUAAAUGUAAGGAAAUAUAUUCUGCCUAUAGAAAUCUAACACAUAAAAAUAUAUCUAACAAGGAGAUCUAUCAUGUUUUAUGUUUUGACCAUAUAAUUAGCUGAAAUAGCAAUAGUGCUCUAUUACUAAACUCUAACAAAAGUGUAUUCAGACAGACAUGCCUCAAUGCUAGUAAUAUACACUGACACAGUUGCUCUAGAAAGAAAGUUGACAAUAAGAAACAACUGCCUUAUAGAAUAUAUACUCAAAUCCAGUUUUUCUAUUUAUAGAUAUCUCUUCUACAGAAAUAAGUAGGAAUAUGGAAAAGGAUUUUGUAUAACGAUAUACAUCUCAGCCAUAAUUGCUAUACAAGGGGAGAGGGUGCACAAUGUUUACAUAUUCAAAGUAAUCUCUUUUUCCAUAUGCAAUAAAAGCCCCCUUAUCUGAAUGAAAUCAAUAGUUAUUCUGUUAGUGGGAAAAAGUUGACUAAAGCAAAAAUAUUUUUUUAAAUGAUGCAUCUAUACUGUAUUAGUUAGGAUUCAUUUUGGCUUCAAGCAAGAGAAACAAAACAUAGCAAUGACCAAAACAGGACAAAUUUGUUUCUUUUUCAAAUGAAAAUCUAGAGGUAGGUGGUCUAGUGCAGGUAUGGCCCUCAAAAGCAUGCCAAACUGAAACAGACACUUUCUGUCUUCUUGCUCAGCCAUCUGUCGCCCACUAUUCCUAAUUUCAGUUCCAGCAAUCAUGCCUACCAUGCAAGAGCAAAGAUGAAAGGGAAGAAGGAGGAAGAGAAGAGCAUUCUUGCAUCCAGGGAAAAUUUCCUAAUGUUGGAUGCACCAUUUUCCGUUUCAUUUCAUCCUUAGAUGGGAAAUGUAAACUACUCUAAGCAGUCAUGUGUCCAAAUGAAAAUCAAGAUUCUUUCAUGAUUUAGCUCCUCCUCAGCCUUUGACUUACCAUUGCAUGCUACUCUAGGCUAGGCUUGCAUGUAUAAGUCUUUCAGUAACCAAAUGUGUGGAUAAUGCAGAUACGUGACAGAGCUGCUCUCACAUGAAAUGACCUUCUACUUCAACCAGAUGUAAGCUUUCACACGAUUUCAAAUUACUGAGCUGUUGCCAUCAGGGACAAUACUCUCUAAUACCCAGUCAGAUAUCUGCAGACAGUUACUAUCUUAAAGCUACUGGGCUUAAAUUCACUGACAAAUCAAGGUAAUCAGAGUUAAAUCACAUCUGCAACGCAGACAGCAAAGCAUAGCACUCAGACUCCUAGGAUGCCAUGGCGUGAUUAGAAUUUUAAGGCAUUUGGAAUUCGGGAAAAUAAUGAUUCAAAUAUAGAUUAUAUAGGCUAUCAGAACAUAUUUGACUACCCUAUGGGAUAGCCUAAUCUUAAGAAGCACUCAGUGACCUUUUCUGUGCCUUGGAAUAUUUCUCAAAGGACCAUUUUAAGUCUGUAAAAUCUUACCCAGAUUAUAUUGUGCUGCUAAUUUGUUAUCUUCUAUUCCCUCCUUGCUUCAAGUAAUUCACCCUUAUUCUUUUUCAAUCCAAAAGAGACCUGUGAAUUCUACAUUCUUAAUGACAUGGAGGCCUAGCUAUAGAUACAGAUAUCAAUAUAGAUAUAAAUCUAAAUAUUUUUAACAGCUUUUCCUAAGUAUUAAACACUUUCCACAUAUUGACUUCUUUUCUUCCAAUGGAAGUGUCUCCUUCAAAUUCUUUAUGAUAACUUCCCAAAUGAUUGCAUACAUACAUGCCAGUUCUGGAAGACUGAAAGCAAGAGCAGUCUUUUUUUCCUGUAACUUUUCUAGCUACCUAGUCUUACUUAGAUCCCACAGUUAGACUGCCUUUCAUAAUUCCACAUUAGUUUCAACACAGAAUGCUUAUAGCUACUCACUACAAAUGUUAGUGAUAGUACCCUGCUUUGGUAGAAGUAUUCAGCACUCACAGAGUUGUAUUAAAAGCAUAACAGCAGAGUGCCUAGAUUCUAGACUCUAGAAAUAUAAAAGUAUUCAAAAGCCCAACACUAUUUUCUUAAGAUCCCUCUCUUAUCUUUAUAAGGGAAAGCAUACAAAUAUGUUGGUGUUGUACUGACAGAAACAUCAUGGUCAACCAGAGAUGGUAAUAACUGUCAGCCUAGAAAUGAAGAAAAAGGAAUUUUUGAUCCUUUAUAAAAUGCUGCCGCUUUUCUGAACUCUGCUUUUCAGCCUCACUCCUUUAAGACUAUAAUAGACACAGAUAGUAGAUGUCUGACUCAUAAUUACUCCCCCUUCUCUGAUAACAGCUUCUACACAUGAUUGGGCAGAUGUUUCUAUGGAAUGGCCUUGUUCAUACUAUUAAGCCCUGACCCUUGGCCAUGGUUGAAGGGUCUGGGUACAGGCAAUUAAUGCAAGCUUGACUAAUCAGAAAUUUUGCCAAGAAUUUUCAGACUAUAGUAUACCAAGGGUCUCAAUAUAUUCCUGAUGACAAGGGAGGCUAAGGAGCAAUUUACAAUGGACUGGAUGUUUGUGGCCCCACAAAACACAUAUGUAGAAAUCCUAACUCCCAACAUGAUGAUAUUGGGAGGAGAUGCCUUUGGAAGGUAAUUAGGUCAUGAAGGUGGAGCCCUCAUGAAUGAGAUGGUGCCUUUAUGAAAGGGACUUCAGAGAGCUCUCUUGCUGUCUUUCUGGCAUGAAUUGACAUGAAAAGCUGGCACUCUGCAGUCUAAAGGAGGGUUCUCACUAGAAUCUAAUCAUGCUGAUACCCUGAUCUAUUUCUCCAGAGACAUGGUUUUCUGUGUUUAUAAGCCACCUAGGCUAUAGUACUUCACUGUAACAACCCAAAUGGAAUAUGACAGUUUUCACGGCUACAUUACCUGCCACAUGGUGGUAUCUAAACCUGAAUUAGUGCAAUAUUUUCCUGAAGAAUGCAAGCAGAUUAAAAUGACUAUUGCUAGCCUCUAUCAAAAACUCCUGUUUCUUUUGCAUGCAUAUUUUAAAUUUCAAAUGAGAUAAGCAUAGAGAAAAUUCUGUGUGGAUAUGUAGUUAUAAUGCUAACAUGCAAUCUGUGUUAUGGUGAUAUCUAGGAAGUUAGGGUCUCUUUCAGAUUAUCCACUGGAUUUCCUUAAAAUAUGAGCUCAUGGAAGGCAUAUAGCAUUACUCUUCUGAGAAUGUUGGUCACAUUAUUUUUGUAGUACUCUCAGAUGAUUCUCUCAUAUCUAGCAUCUUAUUCAAUUAUUUGCCUCACUUCUUUUCCUAUAAAUAUGAUUGAUAGGAAAAUAAUGGUUAUUCUCCACUUGGAAAUAUGAGGGGUUUUCAAAAUGUUCACAGAAAAUGCAUAUUAUAAAAAAAAAACUAUGCAUGGAUUUUAAAACUUUACUGCACCAAAAUAAACUCAUACUAACUUGUCAUUACAUGACUGAAUAUGAUCUCAUUUAAGGCUCUAAGAAAGAUAAGACAUACGUUUGAAAAGAGCCCUUAUCAGAGAAACAUGCAUUCUGCUACAUUUAAAGCAAAAACAGACAUCAAAUUUGUCAUGAUGCUUAGAUAGAAGAAUGGUGAGCUCACUGACACUUUACAAAAGUUUAUGAGAAGAAUGCCCCAAAGAAACAAGUCAUUUGCAAAUGGACAACUAGUUUUAAGAAGGGAUGACAACACUGAAGAUGAAGCCCACAAAUGCAGACCAUCUACAUUAAUGUUUAAGGAAAAAAAUUUCAUCUUGUUUGUGACCUAACUAAAUAGAACCAAUAAUUAACAACAGAGACAAUAGAAAAGACCAUAGACACCCUAAUUUGUUAGCUUACACAAUUCUGAGUGAAAAAUUAAAGUUGUGCAAACCUUCCACUCAGUGGGUGCCAAAAUCAUUGAGCCCAGAUCAGCUGCAGACAAGAGCAGACUUUCAGUGGAGAUUUUAAAUAAGUGAGAUUAAGAUCCUGAAGAAUUUCUUUAAAGAACUGUAAUAAGAGAUGGAACAUGGCUUUACCAGUAUAAUCCUAAGGACAAAGCAAAAUCAAAGCAAUGGCUACAAAGAGUUGGAAGUGGUGAGUCACAGCAAAAGCAGACCAGUCAAAAGCAGAUGUUAUGACAACAGAUUUUCUGGCAGCUCAAGACACUUUGCUUGUCUUUGGCUUUGUGAAGAACCAGAGAAUGAUAACAUCUGUUUAUUACGAGGAUGGUUUCAGAAGGGUUGUCAAAGUAUUAGCAGAUAAAUACCUGGGAAAGCUUCCCCAGAGAGUUCUUCUUCACCAGGAUGAUGCUCUUGCUCAUUCCUCUCAUCAAAUGAGGGCCAUUUUGUGAGAGUUUCUAAAGGAAAUCAUUAGACAUCCACCUUAAAACCCUGAGUUCGCUACUUCUGACUUAUUUUUAUUUCCUAAUCUUAAAAAGUCUUUAAAGGGCAGUCAGUUUUCUUCAAUUAAUAAUGUAAAAAAGACUACCUUGUCAUGGUAAACUUCCCAGGACCCUCAGUUCUUUAGGGAUGGACUAAAUGGCUGCUAUCAUUGUUUACUAAAGUAUCUUCAACUUGAUAGAUCUUAUGAUGAGAAAUAAAGUUUGCAUUUUUUUA